AUGGCAGUGGAAGACACAGAUGGAUACUGGGACAUUGUAGUGUCGUCGCUCCAGGAUAUCUGCAAUGCCAAUGAAUCGCUCUCUUUUGACGAAAUAUUCGAAGACUAUGAUGAGAAAAAGCUUCGAAACCUAAACGAGGCAGACUUGGAAGCACUUAAGGAAGAAAUAAACGAUCACAUUCUCAACAUUGGCACGGCAAAGAGACUUAUCUCAACAUCACAGCAGAAUCUCCAGACGCUCAUUGCCAAGGCAGAAAAAGCACAGCAGCAGCAGCAGCAGGCCACGGUAGCUCUGCGAUCAUCCAAGAACCAAUCCAGCGGGAAAAACCUCAAGGGUAAGAAAGGCAACUCGAAAUACGGCAGGCUGUAUUGGGUGUCGAAGUAUGAUCCUCUGGAACCCAUCAUGGUGAGGUCGGAGGUUGCUUAUAAGCUUAAAAACAGGCACUUUGAAGAGUGGAUCCAGUGUGAGGUAACGAAAAUCUUGGGAGACGGCACCAAGUACGAGAUUCGUGACCCGGAGCCGGAUGAGAAUAACAACCCGGGCCAAACUUUCAAGGCAAACUACAAGGAGAUCUUGCUAGUUCCUUCCAAGCUGGAGGUUCCCAACCUUAUAUCUUAUCCAUACGGUACCAAGGUUUUGGCCAGAUAUCCAGAAACUACUACGUUCUAUCCUGCGGUGGUGGUAGGUCAAAAGAAAGAUGGAACGGUAAGGUUAAAGUUCGACGGAGAAGAGGAGGUGAACAAGGAGACAGAGGUGGAGAGACGGCUUGUGUUGCCAUUCCCAGAACGUUAA